CUUGGUGGGUGGAUUAAUGGCGCGGCGGAACUGGACCUUAUUAAACCUGACCCAUAUAUCUCCACCCCUCCAUCAACUAUUAGUGCCUUUUAUCAAGAACCCCACCCAAAUAUUCAGCCCCACCAUCUCUUCUCUAUAUAUCUUUCUCUCUCCCAUUUUCUGUCUCAAGGGGUCUAUUUUCUGUGCGGUAGUUUGCUUACAAGCAUGGGAACCGAGCUCCAAUAUGCGAUUAAUCCAUUAUGUUCAGCCCCAAACAACGAUAGUUCUUGUUCGGGCAGUCGACCGGAUGAUUGGGACUGCUUCCAGAACCCCAAAAGGACUGUUUUCAUAAGCUUUCAGAACAGCAUGAUGGAUCAGAUGGUCCAGCAACAGAACAUUGAAUCCAUCAAGAACACAAUGCUGAUGCAUGAAACUGUUUUCAGACAUCAGGUGCGAGAGCUCCACCGGCUCUACAGCGUCCAGAAGAAUCUGAUGGAAGAGCUGAGAAACGAGAUCAAACAGCAGAACGGAUACUGGGUUAUGGCGAGGCCGGCAUUCGAUCUGGAAAGGCCGGCUCAAGAAGAGGAUCUCUCAAGUAGCGCCAUUGAAGAAGACCAAGCAGUUGCAGGGCCGAGUAAUUGCAGAUCCGCCAUGAAAAUAAACAGCAAGAUUGUGAUGGAUGGAGAAGGAGAAAGAGAAGAAGAAGAAGAAGAAGAAGAAGAAGAAGAAGAAGAAGACGAUGAUGUGGAGCUAACGCUGAGCCUGGGGGGCUCCAUAAGGAAGAACAAAUUGACGAGCCGCCACUAUCAUCAUCAUCAAGAUAGAGGUGAUUUGAAGGAGACUGGAAGCUCAAGCUUGCUGAAAUCAGAGAGAGACCAAGAAUGCAGUGGGACUAAUUCCAACACGACGAUGGGUAGUUCGAGUACUACGUCGUUUGAUCAGCAAAGUAAGCGGCCCCAUUGGCUUUUCCAAAGUCUAAACUUGAAUAGAACAUAAUUAAUAAUUAAUUAAUAUUGUCAUUGACAUGCAUAUAUAUAUAUAUGUGUGUGUGUGUGUGUGUGUGUUUGUAAUGAAUCCUGCAUUAAUUUAACACAGUUUGAUUCGUGCACGAGGAAUAACUCUAUGGCGAUGGACAAUAUAUGUGUGUGUGUGUGUGUGUUGUAAAUGCUCCUCCUGUGAAUGAUGUUUAAUUACUUGGAGCAUGAUUAAGCUUGCUGUAGAUUAUUAAAUUGUUCAUUACCCAUUAAUUGGUUAUUAGCUUCAGUGUUUGCAGUAGUUG